AUGGGGAGUACUUUGAGGAAAUUGUGUUCAAGUUCUAGUGUCCAAGCAGUUGGAUCAGUUCUUGACCGAGUUAUAUCGCAACCAAGCACCGAAGACCAUACUGUAUUAUAUAAACUGGCUGAUUAUAAAAAAGGUGGCAUACUGUUAGAGACAUACGCAAAAGGCGGCAUGUUUGCCGCAGAGAAGUUAAUUCGAGACGAAUUCUCGGCUUAUAUGUAUGCUGGUGGAAGGGGUCGCGUUAUCAAUAGAGCUGAAUAUCUACGCUGGAAGUUUAGAGAGCAAGAACAGGUAGUGCUUCCGAUUGAAGCGUCGCUAUCCCCACACGACCCCCUCGCUAAAUGGGAAGAUCACACCGCUUGCUGGCAAAUGAGCUACCGUGGAGCCCUGGGGGAAUCUCUUUUACACGUGCUAAUUAUUUGUGAUACUAAGAUACAUACCCGUUUAGCUAGAACAUUAGUGAAGUGUUUUCCAAAAUUGUCACUAGAUGUUGUAGAAGGUGAAGAGUAUUUAGGCGCCAGUUCAUUGCACCUAGCUAUUGCUUAUAGCAAUAAUGAGUUGGUCCAAGACCUGGUAGAAGCCGGCGCUGAUGUUCAUCAACGUGCUAUCGGUAGCUUCUUUCUUCCUCGCGACCAACAACGGGUGCCAGCCACGCGGCAAACGAACUACGAAGGCUUGGCAUACCUCGGGGAAUACCCCUUAGCCUGGGCAGCCUGUUGCGCCAACGAGGCGGUGUACAACCUCCUUCUGGAUUCUGACGCUGACCCCGACGCUCAGGACUCAUUUGGCAAUAUGAUAUUGCAUAUGGUGGUCGUGUGUGAUAAGUUGGACAUGUUUGGUUACGCACUUCGCCAUCCGAAAGUACCAGCAAGUAAUGGAAGGCAAAACAUCGCCGGAUUCACGCCUCUUACUCUGGCGUGCCAACUCGGUCGAGCGUCUGUGUUCAGGGAAAUGUUGGAGUUGUCUUCAAGGGAGUUCUGGAGGUACUCUAAUAUCACGUGUUCGGCGUAUCCGUUGAACGCUUUGGAUACCCUAUUGCCAGAUGGAAGGACAAAUUGGAAUUCUGCACUAUUCAUAAUCUUGAAUGGGACAAAACAAGAACAUUUAAACAUGUUGGAUGGAGGCAUUAUACAAAGACUUCUAGAAGAAAAAUGGAAAACAUUUGCAAGAAAAAAGUUUCUGAAACGACUAAUGAUCCUGAUGCUACACCUCCUCCUCUUGUCUGUAUCGGUGUACCUUCGCCACAGCAGCGUGGAAGCUGACUCGUAUCCAGAUUGGGGUCUGGAGAUAACAGACGCUCGGAGUGGAAUCAGAUUGGCCUGCGAACUAGGAACCUUAUUGAGCACCCUCUGUUACAUUGUACUGCAGCAGGGCGAUGAAAUCAAGAACCAAGGGCUUAUAGCUUAUUUUAAGCAGUUGAUACACGAGCCGGCAAAAUUCAUUUUUCUGGCGUCGAACCUGUUGCUUCUCGCCUGUAUCCCGGCUCGACUUACGAAACAGACGAUGCUUGAGGAGGCCAUUUUGAUUUUCGUUCUACCCGGAUCAUGGUUUCUACUAAUGUUCUUUGCAGGAGCUGUAAAGUUGACCGGUCCCUUUGUGACGAUGAUAUACAGCAUGAUAACGGGAGACAUGUUCACAUUCGGUAUCAUCUACUGCAUUAUACUGUUUGGGUUCUCACAAUCUUUCUUCUUUUUAUAUAAAGGAUUCCCCAAUGUCCAAUCAACAUUGUAUUCGAGUUACCCGAGCACUUGGAUGGCGCUGUUUCAAAUAACUCUUGGCGACUACAGUCAGUACUCGGAGCUCGGGCAGACGAUUUACCCAAAUCUCUCGAAGACCGUGUUCGCUGUGUUUAUGGUUUUCGUGCCGAUCCUACUCCUAAACAUGUUGAUCGCCAUGAUGGGUAACACUUAUGCGCAUGUUAUUGAGCAGUCUGAGAAGGAGUGGGUCAAACAAUGGGCAAAAAUUGUAGUGUCGUUAGAGCGAUCUGUAGCACAAGAGGACGCUCACAAGUAUCUGCAGGAGUACUCUAUAGGCCUAGGUCCUUCAGAUGACCCGAGAUACGAACAGCGCGGAGUGAUGGUCAUUAAGAGUAAGGCCAAAACUAGAGCAAAGCAACGAAAAGGCGCUCUGGCUAAUUGGAAGCGCGUAGGCAAAGUAACGAUAGCAGAGCUUCGAAAACGAGGGAUAACGGGUGAAGAACUGCGUCUGCUGAUGUGGGGACGAGUCUCGAUAUCAACACCAACGAAGAAGCAGGCGCCAGUACCACCUCCAGAAGUUGUAAAGGAGGCUGCGGGUGUUGGCGGCGUUGCACUCUCUUCAGCUCUGUCUGCUAUGGCGUUUGCUCAAGAUUUAGACCUCACGAAUACCGGCACCGAAACAAUACACCAACCACCAGAUAUUCUUGUGAAUGGACUCCAAAGGCAAAAGAUUCCAUCGCCCGUGCAAGCUGUAAACCAGAACGUGCCAACAAUGAUCAAAUCUCCGGAAAAUUCCGUGUUUCCAGUCAAAAGUGCGUUGAUAAAUGAACAGAAUAACUUCCUCGGUAUGGAACUGCAAGCUGAGUUUAUAAAUAGAACUCACGAACCUCGUCAUCUUCAAGUCUUUCCUGACUACAUGAAAGAGUUGGUGACACGUUCAGAGGAAGGACCGAGCACCCCAGAGUUAAAGACUCUCGCGGAGAAAGCUGCCGAACUGAAUGGUAUACCAGAGAUAGAUGUCACUGUUUCGAGCGCAGUUAAGUCUUCACGUCUCGUGGUUGCUGGUGCAGUGUCAGGGCUAUUUGGGGUGGCCGCUGAUCAACCACCCCCCGACAGUGGCUGGCGAAGAGAGAGGCAAGAACACACAGAUAGCGAUCCUAUAUCUGAAAGCGCAGUGCUUGGCCGCGCAUGUCGUGCUAAGCGGGCACGAACGGCGUCACGUCGCGCGGCUCCGCCACCUCCGCAUCUUUACGUACCCGCUAGAUCGAUGUACUUGGUUGCGUCAGAAAGUAGCGCAGUUGAAAGCGAUGCUCCGUGGGAUGAAACAAUCAAUUCGGCGGUCGGUCAACGUGACGUUCAUAUGAAAGCAGCGCGCCCUUUGUGCAUACAAUACGCAACUGGACAGGCUCAAGUUGAACACUCGUUUUUCAUUCAAGGGGCAGGUAGCGACCCGGACGUCGAGAGCGCUCCACCACAAAGUGGUAGAACCAGACCCAAGACUGCUCGAACACGUCGAAAUAGGGUUUCCCCAAUCCCGCAAACUGGCAGCCCCCUGGAACCAUGGGCCACAGCAAACUUGUCAAAACUCACUAGGCUCAUGCAUUCAGCCAGCACGGCCUCCAUUCACUCCUCCCAAAGUUCUCCAGAAACACCGAGAAGAUAUUAG